AUGGAAGUAAGAGUCCCUUGCGAGAAAAGGACACAAUUGAAACGGAAGAUCGCAGAGACAAUUAGGAAACAAUCCUUGUCUUUGAAGGAGAUACAGUCCUUGAUCGGGUCGCUUAAUUUUAUAUGUAGGGCGGUUAAACCGGGUAGGGCCUUUCUGAGGAGGUUAACAGAUCAGACAAAGAAAAUUUCAAAACCGGACAGUGUAAUACAACUCUCAGAGGGAACAAAGUCCGAUCUAACAACAUGGCUCGCCUUCCUAGAUGACUUCAAUGGGGUGACUAUAGUUCGACCGGGUCGCUGGGAGAGUGACUUUGAUCUUGACCUCUUCACUGACGCGAGUGGUACAAUAGGUUUCGGUGGUUACUUUCAUGGCAAAUGGUUUUGCGGCCAUUGGCCCCCUUUUGUUCUAUCCGGGGACUAUUCCAUUGCAUGGAAAGAGAUGGUCCCAAUAGCCGUAGCACUGUUGGUAUGGGGUUCCGAUCUAGCAGGGAAGCGAAUUAGACUUCAUACCGAUAAUAUGGCCAUCAAGAAUGUUAUAAACAAACAGACAUCCCAUUGCCCAAGAAUAAUGUCACUUGUAAGAACCCUAGUUCUCCAAUGUUUGAAGAGAGACACGAUAGUCAAGGCAGUCUAUAUCGCCACAAAAGAAAAUGAUAUUGCUGACUCUCUAUCCCGGUUACAGAUGAGCUGGCACCACAGGCGGAUGCAACAUCAACACCAAUACCAGAAAGCAUUUGGCGGAUAUAGAGCAGGAGGUAUGCCGGCUUAUUUCAGAUGUUACAACUAA